CCUACAACAAACAUGGCAGCUAAAUCGGAUGGAGCAGCCGUGUCUGUGCAGAAUACCGACAACCUCGUAGCACCACCACCCCGAUCUAUUAUAGCAGCCAAGCCCGACCAGGAUGCCUCUCCGUACCCCUAUGCCUCCAAGCCCUACUCGCUCCUGGACUGCUACUGGGUGAUGUGCGCCCUGUUUGUCUUCUUCUCAGACGUGGCCACCGACCUGUGGCUUGCCGCGGACUACUACCUGAGACGGGACUACUGGUGGUUCGGGCUGACACUGGUCUUCGUGGUGGUUCCCUCCACCGUGGUUCAGGUGUUGAGUUUUAGAUGGUUUGUCUACGACUACACGGAUAUCAGCGGUAGCAGCAGCGGUGCGGUAGGAGACGAGUGUAAUUUCAGCACCAAGGGCAGCGCCAACACCUAUGAAAAGCGCGGCGGUGACGGAUGCUCGUCGGCGGGGCUGGCUGGGACAGGGAGCGAGACUCGGAGAUGCUGCAGAGUGUGCAUGUGGUUUUUUCAGAGUACCCUUCACAUCCUCCAACUUGGCCAAGUCUGGAGGUAUGUCCACGCCCUCUACCUGGGCGCCCAGAGCCGUUGGCUCGGCAACCGCGGUCACUUCCACUGGAGGUUGAUGUUUGAGUGUGCUGACAUCACCAUGCUGAGGCUGCUGGAGGCCUUCCUGAAGAACGCUCCUCAGCUGGUGCUACAACUCAGCAUCAUUAUACACGCCAACCGGGUCCUGCCGCUGCAGGGUCUCUCUGCUUCAGCCUCCUUGGUCUCUCUGGCCUGGAUGAUAGCGUCCUACCAGAAGACUCUGAGGGACUCCAGAGAUGACAAGCUCCCGCUGUCCUACAAGGCUGUGAUUGUCCAGAUGCUGUGGCACUUCUUCACCAUCGGGGCCAGGACCAUCGCCUUCGCCCUGUUCGCCUCAGUGUUCCAGCUCUACUUCGGUAUCUUCAUCGUGAGCCACUGGUGCCUCAUGACGUUCUGGAUCAUCCAGGGGGAGACAGACUUCUGCAUGUCCAAGUGGGAGGAGAUCAUCUAUAACAUGGUAGUGGGCAUCAUCUAUAUCUUCUGCUGGUUCAACGUCAAGGAGGGCCGUGCCCGUUUCAGUAUGUGGCUCUAUUACACGGUGACUCUGGUAGAGAACGUGUCUCUCACCGCGGCGUGGUAUCUUUACCGCGGGCCGAACACCUCGGACUUUUACGCCCUCAUCGUGGUGUGUGUGGUGGUUUGUAGCUACGCUCUGGGGAUCUUCUUCAUGUUGGGGUAUUAUUGUCUCCUGCACCCUGACGGGCCGGUGUCCGCGGCUCAGUGGGGGGUGUGUGUGGAGGACGGGGGGUUGAUGGUGGAGUCCUGUGUGACCCCAGCCGACGCGUCCCCCCUCCCACCUCCAGACAUGCUCACCAGCCCCCCUAGGACCCUAAGUAGGACUGCAGGUGCGGACCGGGGCGAGGUGGUACCAGGAGAUCUAGUUGUGUUCCAGGUUAGAUCCACCUCUCCGGCCAUGGCCCUCCGGACCCUCAGGACAGAGCAGCCUGUGAUCAGGAUAGACUUGCCCAGAAAGAGGUACCCUGCCUGGGACGCUCACUUCAUCGACAGGCGGCUGCGGAAGACCAUCCUGGUUCUGGAGAACACCUCCCCGGUCACGCCCAGGAUCCAAUACCGCAGCCUGAGAAAUCCUAAGGAGGUUAUGGAGUAUGAGACUACCGUGUAAUGUAAUGUAGCUGCGCUUACCUCCACCACACCAGCAGGGGGCUCCACCAACCAGGUGCAGGGAGAGAACUAGAUUCCUCAACUCUUAUCCUCUUGUGUAAGUACAUUAAAGAGUUGCUUGGAGCCAACAGUCCACACUACAGACUCUGCUUCCUCUGUGGGAAGGGGGAGACCAGGGGACUGAGGAGAGCGGAGGAGGCCAGAUGCGGUACUACUGUAUGGAGGACUUUGUCCUGGUGUAAGAAAAGCUGUCAGAAGUUACAGGUCAGGUGUACCUGUGUAUGACCAGUUGCCGGGUAACACUUCCUGUGUGUACUGCAGGAGCCAAUCCGAGGUCAGAGGUGAGACGUCAAAGGUUAUCUAACUAAGAAGUGACCUCACCGGGCACUACAGGAGACACAGAACAUCCAGCAUUCAAAAUGCUGACUCAUCCUUGUGUAUCGAAGCAGACCCGGAAUCAAAAGGGGGGCUUAGCUGAGUCUCCCAGCACCAAAACAACAUUGGAGAGACAAACCUGAUAACAUCACCAUAUCAAUGAUAUAGGGGACUGUAGUGAUGAGGAUGAAGAUGAGGAGGAUGAUGAUGAUGAUGGUGAUGACGGUGAUGAUGAUGAUGAUGAGGAUGAUGA